CGCAAACGGCGCGGUGAGAGAACGAAGGGAAAUCGAAGGAGCUAAAAAGUGUUCCUUUAGUCCGUCUGUGGGACACCGAAUGAUAAUGUGUGUGGUAUCGUGUUAUACUACAGGUACAGGCAUGCGAGUUUAAAUAAUUGUAAUGUUGUGGAUUUGGAAUGGCUUCUUUCAGUAAGCGCAAGAGGAAAUCUUUAGAAGCAGCAUGCUCCUUUUUCCCCGAUGACACAGAAGCUGCAUUCAGAAAAGCAAGAAAUGAGUCACAAGAUACCCAUUCAGCCCCGUCAAAGAUUUGGCAAAAAUGUGGAGAUGGAUUUCAAGAAUUAUCAAUGGCAACGCAUGAAGGCUUAUCUGUUAAAAAGUUGGGCACAGUGAGGCAGCUGCUUCCUUCUAAAGCAAAAUUAAAAUGUCAAGAGAAUCAAAUGGAGUCUGACUUUUCAUGGAGUUCCAGUGAAAGUGAUAGUUGUGAUGGAGAGCCCAGUAGUGCACUUCUGAAACCUCAAACUGACACCAUGUUUACAACUCGGAAUAAAGCUAUUGUUAAUUCAUAUAGCAAAUACCUGCAUAUGAUGAGUAAUUUGAGGAGAGACUGCAACUAUAGUGAUGAUGAGUUCCAUGUUAUUGAAUGGGAUAAUGAAAGUGACCAAGGGAAUGAGAAAUUUCAAAAUUGUGACAGUAUGGCAGAGAUUUCUGAUACAGAUUCUGUCUUGGAGAGCCCUGUAGCUCAGAAUGAGAAACACCUUCCUUGUGAUACUGCAGAGGUUAACACUGAUGCUGAAAUUUCAGAGUAUUCUUCAGACGGUGAUGCCACCCUCAUCAGUUCCCCUGAAAAUAACUCAGAAAUGACAGUGAUUCAAAGACGGAAUGUGAAUAUGUCUGCAAGUGACUGGAUAAAAUCAGCCCAGGCACUUCUACAGACACCUAAGAAACAAGGAGAAAUUGUAUACAAAACCCCAGAAGACUCUGCAAAAAAGAAAAAAAGAUUUGUAAGGGGUGGCCUGGCUGAACGACUAAAUCGACUUCAGUGCAGAGAGAGAUCAGCUAUAUCCUUCUGGAGACAUCAGUACUUUUCAGAUCGUAAAGAUUGCUCAGCAGGACAACAUGGAGUUCUAAGCCUGAAAGUACUGAAGAUCUACGAAGAGUGUUCCAUGCAGAUUGCUUUUUGCCAACUGCUGGAGAAACUUAGUGUUGAUAACUCAUUACUGCAGGAAGUUGAAUUUAAGGUCCUAUUCACCAAGGCCACAGCAUCUCUCUUGAAAAUCAGAGCUGGAGACCAUGUUCACAUUCAUCCUCCCUGGAAGAAGAUAAAAAUCCCAGGUGAAACAUGUCCAGUGAUCAUAAACACAUAUUUCAGUCAAAAAGUGCUUCAAGAAGAAAAGGAAACAGCUGUGCCAACACAGAAGUUGGCGACAGAGAAGAAACCUCCACCUCCUUUAUUGCUUGCUUUCAACCUGAUGGAAAACAAGGGAUAUUUGUUUAGUACUUCAGAGUACCAGGUUCCAUCUUCAGUUACUGGAUCACAUUUAAUGCUGCCUGUCUCACAGAAGAUUGGUCCUGUGUGUGACUCCCUGCUGGAAGCAAUUGAGAGCUAUGCUGUAACAGGUUCUUCCACCUUUGAUGUAAAAGCAGUGGUACAAAGAGUGUACAUUCUUCGCCAAAAACAGUGUCCUUACCAGAAACUAAGCAAACAUUCCUCCAUAUCAAAAGCACAAGCAUCAAGCCAAGAUCAUUUCACAGACAGACUCUGUGUCCUUGUGCAAGAUGUGUAUGGGAUUUUCUCUGAGGUGCAACUUCCCUUCUCCUACUUUACCAAAGGAAGCCUUCUGUACUACUGCAGUAAAUGGGAGGGAAAAUUAUGUAUCUUGAAUGACAUCAAAGUCCUGCAAAGAACAACACGGGCAAGGUCUGCUGGGUUGUUUAUUCUGAUUGAUAGCUUGUGGCCUCCAUUGGUACCCCUUAAAGUUCAUGGAAACAGUCCAUAUCCUCAAGAUGCGAGCAUGACUUCUUCACAGUACUUAUAUAAGGAUAAUACAAUCCUCUCAGCCCCCUGUUUCUGCUAUAUACUUUCUACAUGCAGAGUGGAUGAUGCUGUGAAAGUGUUAAAGGACACAGUCUCAGAUUUGUAUCUACCACCAGUAGUACAUCGGCUCAGAGAAAUUCUUGAGAAUGACUUUGGAAACAGAGUUUGCAGUUUCAGUGCAUUUGUUAUAUACAGUAGGUUACAGAGCCAUUACCUAGUACAGAAUGAGUCCUGGCUAUUUGUAACUGAUUCAUACUUGCAGUCUUCCAAUGAAAACAAGCAGAGAAUUCCUAGAGUGGUAGCGGUUUGUGUGACCACAUCUUGUGUGAUUGAUGCUGAGUUAACAAAAGCUCUACAGAAUUCUGCACCCUGUGAACUUCUUUUUAAGGAUGCUGUCAUAGACAAUGGAGUUAUUAUGUGUGUGGAGAGAACUGUUCUGCAGAAAGAAACUCUGCCAUCCAGUGAGGAAAUAAAGAGUCUGGAGUUGCUUUCUGGUCCGCUAUCUUUAGAUGAGCUGGGAUCGACAACAGUGGCAAACUCAAUUUGUACUGUGAAAGGAACCAUUAGUGGUGUAGAUGAAAAUUCUGCUUAUUCUUGGCCAGUCUGUGACACCUGUGGAAAUGAUAAACUGGAGCAGGCCCAAAAAGAUCCAGACUUUCUUUUCUGUCUCUCAUGCAGAAGGGUUGUAACCAAACCAACAUUUAAAAUGCAUCUUGAAAUUUUCCUAAAUUGUUCCUUUGACUCGCAGGCCACUGUGAAGAUGAAGUUACAUCAAGUGACUAUUGAAAUGCUUCUGGGAUCCACUUCAAGCAAUGAGCAGGGUUAUGAAGUGGAACAAGUGCUUGGUAAAGAGUUGGGUCCACUCUGUUGUUUCGUCCACACCAUUACCAGGAAACCAUCUCUUUGGAUUGGGCUAGAAGAAAUUAACAUCUAAGUAGAAAAGUGUGCUGUGAAUCUACCAAAGUUGCUGCACUGAGAGAGGUGAACUGUGCUAUUACAAGGAGAAUGGCUUUAUUAAAGUCAUUUUCUGAUUAUGCAGUGGCUCAAGAAAGCUAGCCAUUACAUGUCCCCAACUUCACAGAGCCAGAUUGUGUCAUGAAAUAUACAUUUACAGUAAGGUAGCAUUUUUUAAAUCCUGCCUUUCUGAUCUUGUAAAUCAGAUGGGGGACUUUUUAUUACAACCUGCAAUAAUACACAAUUGUGUAGUUUACUGUGACCAUUUGGCAUAACGAGACAGAUCAUGGGAUAUGGGACAGUGAUUGAAGUGUCUACCUCAAGGUUGAAGUUCGCUUGGUUUAAGACAAUAAAAAAGAAACUCAAAUGCUGCUUUCUUGAAGAUGAUGUACCUGUAUGUUGCCUGGUCCGCUGUACUUCAAAAGGCAUGUGACUUGAACAGGACUUCUUGAUAUUUUUUACAAUGUUUAUUCACUGGCAAAGCACUCAGGGAACCUACUGUUUAUCAGAUUUGUUUCUUGAUGAAGUGUAAAACUAAUAGAAAGUGUACAGUCUGUUUUUUCCUCAAGCUGAAUUCUCCAUUCUUGUGUACAUUAAUCUAAAUAAAACCAAACAUAUUGUUGUAA